AUGUUAACAUACACAGUCAUAAUAGACGAUUAUCAAACUAUUGAUGAUAAAGUUUAUUAUUAGAUCAACAUUAAUUGUUUAGAAGGACAUAAGAAGAUUUCCAAACGAUAUUCUGAUUUGAAAGCUUUGAAUGAUAAAAUAAUAGAAAAAAAUUCUAACUUUAAACUUCAUUUAAAUUUGCCUUAAUUUCCAGGCAGAAAGAUUUUUGGAAGAACCAAAAAUUCUGUAGCAGGAAUUAAAUAAAGAGUAUUUUAUAAAUUCUAUAUAGGGAAAAGAAUUAUAGAAAUAUUUGGAAGAGGUUUUAAACAUUAAAUAAUUGUAAUCAUUUUUAUCUGUUAAAGAAUUGUUACCUCAUUAACAAUUAUAUUAAGAAACACUUCAAUUACCUCAUAGUGAUGAAUAUGAUAAAGAAGUUUGUUGGUUAUAAAUGGAUGAAUUAAAGCGAUCUUUUUUAGAAAGACAAGAAAUUAAAACACCAAAGAACAAUAAGUCUAAAAGCAAGUCUAGCUUAAAUACUACUGGAUAUGUUUAGAGAUAUCAUUUUAGUAUUGAUGAUUAUGAAAUUCAGUAAGAUGUAGUUUUAUAUACAAUAACAUUAACAGAUGCUAAAAAGACUACAAAUUAUUAAUUUACAUCAAGAUAUAGUGAUUUAAGAGAAUAUCAUAAAUUGCUUAAAAAAGAAAACUUAAAAGUAGUAUUACCUGUUUAUCCAAAAAGAAAGAUUAUUUCUUAAACAAAUGAGAAUCCUCUAUUCAUUUAAGAAAGAUUAGAAUAACUUUAAAAAUAUCUUAAUGACAUAUUUGCAAUAAAAGAAUUAGUUUAAAGUGAACCAUUAUAAUAUUUUAUAACAAGAAUUAAAUUGGAAGGUAAACCAAUUAGAAUAGGCCCAGUUCAAUAAAAAUAGUAAAUAUGUACUAGUUCAGUUUUAUAUGAGAGUCAAGAGAAUUUACCUGAAAGAAAAAGCUCUUUUUGA